AUUCCAGAAGGGCUUCGUGUAUGGACCUCAAGCGUUGGAGGUAGCAGACUUUUCAGCAGAAGAAAAGAUGAAAAGGAAUAUGCACUGAAGCAAAUUGAAGGCACAGGAAUAUCCAUGUCAGCUUGUAGAGAGAUUGCACUUUUGCGAGAAUUGAAGCAUCCUAAUGUGAUCGCAUUGCAGAAGGUGUUCCUUUCUCACAGUGACAGAAAAGUGUGGCUACUGUUUGAUUAUGCAGAGCAUGACUUAUGGCAUAUAAUCAAGUUUCAUCGCGCAUCAAAAGCAAAUAAAAAGCCCAUGCAGUUGCCAAGAUCUAUGGUCAAGUCAUUACUUUACCAGAUUCUUGAUGGUAUCCAUUAUCUCCAUGCAAACUGGGUGCUUCACAGAGACCUGAAACCAGCAAAUAUCCUAGUAAUGGGAGAAGGUCCUGAGAGGGGGAGAGUCAAAAUUGCUGACAUGGGUUUUGCCAGAUUAUUCAAUUCUCCUCUAAAGCCACUAGCAGAUUUGGAUCCAGUAGUUGUAACAUUUUGGUAUCGGGCUCCAGAACUUUUGCUUGGUGCAAGGCAUUAUACAAAGGCUAUUGAUAUAUGGGCAAUAGGUUGCAUAUUUGCUGAAUUGUUGACUUCAGAACCUAUUUUCCACUGUCGUCAGGAAGAUAUAAAAACAAGCAAUCCCUUUCAUCAUGAUCAGCUAGAUCGAAUAUUUAGCGUCAUGGGGUUUCCUGCAGAUAAAGACUGGGAAGAUAUUAGAAAGAUGCCAGAAUAUCCUACACUUCAAAAAGACUUUAGAAGAACAACGUAUGCCAACAGCAGCCUCAUCAAGUAUAUGGAGAAACACAAGGUCAAGCCUGACAGCAAAGUGUUCCUUCUGCUUCAGAAACUCCUUACCAUGGAUCCAACCAAAAGAAUUACCUCAGAGCAGGCUCUGCAGGACCCCUAUUUUCAGGAGGAUCCCUUGCCGACGUUAGAUGUGUUUGCUGGCUGCCAGAUUCCGUACCCUAAGCGAGAAUUCCUUAAUGAAGAUGAACCUGAAGAGAAGGGUGACAAGAAUCAACAGCAGCAGCAGAACCAGCAUCAGCAGCCCACAGCCCCUCCACCACAGGCAGCGGCCCCUCCUCAGCCCCCACCCCAACAGCAGAGCAACACCCAAACCAAUGGGACCACGGGUGUGGUGGCGGCUGGCGUAGGAGGUGCAGCAGCAGGGCUGCAGCACAGCCAGGACUCCGGCCUGAAUCAGGUGCCUCCGAACAAGAAGCCACGGCUUGGGCCUUCAGGCGCAAGCUCAGGUGGACCUGUCAUACCCUCUGACUAUCAGCACUCUAGUUCUCGCCUGAAUUACCAAAGCAGCGUUCAGGGAUCGUCUCAGUCCCAGAGCACACUAGGCUACUCCUCCUCAUCUCAGCAGAGUGCGCAGUUCCACCCGUCUCACCAGGCCCACCGGUACUGAUCCACUACUCCACCUGGCCUGGCCAGCCCAGAGCACAGACUCCAGCAAUACAAUGUCUGCGUUGCAAAGAGCCCCAGAGUGCAAAGUGUGAUGCCAGUUAAAAUUCACACACUUGGGAAGAGAACCUUGUGUACUGACCAUUUUGGAAGAGUAACAUCUUGAAGAUUUUUGUGAAGUUUCCCAAUCUCCCUUUCCCGCAUGUGUUCAUUGACUUCUCUGAUAAAGCGUCUGAUCUAAUCCCAGCACUUCUGUAACCUUCAGCAGCUUUUGAAAGGUUUCCUGGUGCACCUUUCUCAUGCUGUAGCAAUCACUAUGAUUUAUCUUUUCAAAGCUCUUUUAAUAGGAUUUUAAUGUUUUAAAAACAGGAUUCCAAUGGUGUAUAGUUUUAUACUUCAUGAACUUUCGCAACGCAGGUAAAAAUGUACCUUUUAAAGCACUACACAGUUUUCACAGACUCUGUUUUGCUCAUGGAAAUCUUAAACAGAAAUUGUUACUGUCCUGAAGUACUUUGUUAUUGUGUUUUAUUUAUCUGGUUUCAGGGAAGGUCUAGUAAAAGACAAGCUGUGGAACAGAGGGAACCUACAACCAAAACCAGCCUAGAUCUUCGUAGUUACUAUGCUUUAUGCUAUGAAGAAUGGCAUAUGUGAUUUUUAUAUGACCAUUUGUACAGAAUUUAGUUACCAGAAUCAUCAUGUUCUGAAUAGUAUUCAGUAAUUAGGAAUUACAGUUUUAACCUUCAUGUAGCUAAGUUUACCUUAGAAAGGGUUUCAAGAGCUUUGAUGAAAUAUAGUCCUCUGGUGACCCACACCAGAAAGCUGGAGAGAAUAUUAACUGCACUAGGAUUACUUUAAGGAGUAAUGUUUAUCAAAGGAUGCAUUACUUCCCCUUGAAGGAAGAGCUUUUAGUCUGUAUUGUAUGUAAAUUUGGCUUCUCUGAAGAAACUUGCUUUCUUCAGUUUCUUCACUUCUGUGUUGAGGUAACUUUCUUACAUAACCAAGAAUACUCAAAUAGAAGCCUGCAAAUUCAUAUGCUUUUAAAGUAAAGAGCAGUGUUCUCUAUUUGUAUUUGCAUUAGACAUAGACUAUUUUUAAAGCAUGUUAAAAGUUUAGAUUUUAUACAUGUUUAAAGUAUGUAUUAUGUAUGCAUAAUUUUGCUGUUGUGACUGAAACACUUAUGUCAAGAAUCUUUUCAUUGCACUGAAUCUUUCUUUUGCCCGUAGGAGAAAACUUAAUUGUGCCUAAAAACUGUGGGCAGAUAGUGUAAGGCUAUACCAGUUAAGGUGAUAUUUUCAUUUUGAUUACCUUUGAGUUAGAGGUUGAGUUCUCUCUUAGCCACUAUAAGGAGCCCCUCACUCCCAGGGCCAAAAGAAAAUGUAAGGAGGGCUGGGGAUUUAGCUCAGUGGUGCUGCCGCCUGCCUCUCAAGUGCAAGGUCCCAAGUUCGAUCCCCAGUACAAAAAGAUGUAAGGACUUAGAGCUCCCAUUGCAAUGUAAGGGGCAAAAAAUAUUGUGUUCUUCUAAAUGCUACUUGCAGCACCAGCCUUGUUAAUGUUUUCUUGAGCUAGAAGAAAUAGCUAAUUGUUGUAUAUGCAAAUUAUAUGCAUUUUUAAACUAUUCUUUGUGAAUUUAUCUACCUGGUUAUGAUACUCUGGGUCCAUAUACAAGUAAAAUAUGAUUUAAGACAGAAGCCAGUAUACAUUUUGCACUAUUGAUGUGAUACUGUAGCCAGUCAGGACCUUACUGAUCUCAGCAUAAUAAUGCUUAGUAUUGAUAAUAAGACUCUAAUGACACUCAUCAAGACUGAAGAUAAAGCAGUUGACAUGCUCCAUUGGAAGGAAUUUCUGAUCAUUUCCAUGGUAUUUAACCCCUUUUGCUAUUUAACGUAAGAAAUUAACCUCCUUGCAUGAUGUUUGUAUAGUUAUCUAUACAAAGUUCUGUCCUAUGCCUGGAAGCCUCUCUGUCCAGAGCUGCUGGUCAGCGGGUGCUCCCUGUGCCCUCACCAUGUGCCCAGUGCUCUGCUGGCUGGAAAACACAACGGGCAGGACAUACUUGGUGUCCUUUGGGAGCUGAUGGUCACUUCAGUGACACCAGGCUCUCCUGGGAAGUCUAUGACAUGAGAGUGACUUAAAAUAACACAAAGGUCCUUUUGUUUACUUCUAAAUCCACUGGGAUAGUUAUUCUUCCAAAUUCUAAAGUAAACAGUGUUAUGGAGAAGUUUCUGUGUCUGUCCAUGUUAGGAGAAAAUGAUUUAAGUGUCACAAAAGGAAUUCCUGUAUAUUUGAAAUGUUCACAGCAGCCUUGAACAAUUAAUUGGGUGGCCCUGGUAGGCAGAGCAUUCUCUACAAAGUGAUUGUAGGAAUUGACAGUUAAAACACAGCUCUGUUCUUGACAUGAGGAAAGCUUACAUUGAAUAAAAGAAGAAACCCCAAAUAUGUAUAUAAGCCGAGACACAAUGCCCCUUAAUACUUUAUGUAAUUUUAAUAUGUAAUUCUUAGGAUAUAUGCUUAUGCAUUGACAGAACUACCCUGCUUUCCUUGUACAUAAAGAAUUUUACUGGUAGAACUGACACAAUUAUAAGGGGGUUUUGUCAGUUGCUCCCAGUGCACAGUAUUCUCCAGGACGUAGCCAGAGGUCCCCGUUACAUACACGACUGGGUUUCUUAUCCCUGCACUGUUUCUGCCCCUUUUCUCCUCUUCUUGCCUCAGGGUUGGUGAUGCCUACUGUUGCCCAUUACGCUUUGAAAUGGUUUUGGUUAGGAAUUUCCUUUCUCUGUAAAGGGGAACAAAGCUUUCCACACAUAAGGGCCCUGGACUAUGGGACCUCCAAGGAGACCUGUAAAGCUUUCUGAAGGCAAGAUUUAUUGCUGAGGUCCCCAAAUGACUACAGUCUAACGGUAUAUUACAUCCCCAAGGGUGCAGGGGGCGCAUCCCUCAGCCUGCGGGAAUACCUGGACCAGGGGAAGUAUUGAAAGGAAGGAGUAAAGCCAAGGGAAGGUUUUCUGCUCUUGAUAUUACAGAUCUAUUUUAGGGUUAGCUUGCUAGUGAGAUGUGUGUUUGGGAAAAGUGAUUCAAGAGUACAGGACAGGGGAACUCAGAAUAAGGUAGCUUGGUGGCAGGGCUGAUCCUGUGAGGCUGAACAAUCCUUGUAAUGAAGUAGAUCAUGCAGUGAGGUGCAAAAACCAAGGGCGUGUAUAUUUUUAUAUCUGUGGUUUUGAAACGUUAGUACUUAGAAUGUUGGCCUUCUGUACUACUCUUUUGCUCUCAUAGUUUACUCUCCAGAACAGGAAAGGACAAUGUGGAUGUCUGCGUUCACUGGUUCAUUCCUGGUGAGCAGCUGUUGGUGGUUCUCUGUGCCUCUAAAGUGAUGCUCUUUUCUCUGAUAAAGGUACAAGAGAAAAAGUAGUUGGAGAAAAAGACUUGGAACUUGAUCUGUUUUGAGUAGCAGAAACUAUACAAUGAAGGAUGAAUUCUAUGAAAGUUGCAAAUCUCACCAUGUGGUGAUAUCUUCCUAAGGGAUAGAAAAGGCACUGACAUGGCCAUUAGAUUAACAGAGGCUUGAAGGAGUCAAGUACAUAAUAUUUUAUAUAAAACAUAGCAUUUUAGGUCUCCAUAAUCUUCAAGAAUAGUCACAAAUAUAAGACAAAGGUUAUUGUUACAGGAUUUUUAAAAAAUGUGUUGUACCUGAGGCCAUACUUACUCUUCUGUGCUAUCACCGUAAGGGAGUGAUAGGUAUGUAUUAUAUGAAAAAAUUCCUAAUGCACUGUUAUCUCCUAAAUAUUUAGUAAAUUAAUACUAUUUAAUUUUUUUAAAGCCUUGUCUGUGUAGACACUAAAAGUAUUACACAAAAUCUGGGCAGAAGAUGUCCUUUUUAACAACAAUUGAAAGUACUUUUAUAUAUGUUAUGUAGAAUAUCCUUUAUAAACUGCCUAGUUUGUAUUUCGGGUAAUUCCUGUUUGUGAAGCGUACUCGUCUCUGUCUCUUUUUGAGUCACUUUCUGCACGAUCCCUGUUUGUAUGGCUGUAGCUUUACAUGCCCUGCGGCGCAUGUACUCCCAGCUCCGGUGCUUGCACAGCCCACGCUGUGGGCGCAGGAUGGGCUGUGGCUUGGAAGCUGUGUUUCCCGCUUUGAGUUGUCCAGACUCCCUUCCUGAAAUGACUGUUAAAAUAAAUUAGAUUGCAUUUAUUUUAUAUUCUUGGUUGAA